AUGGGAGUUCUCACUGCGAUAUCUCAGAUCAACCUGUUGAUGUGUGUUCCUCUAUCUGCUUUCCCUGGUCCCAAACUGACAGCGGCGACUAAAUGGUACGAGAUAUACCACCAACUUGUAAAAGGUGGACAGUUCUUUCGAAAACUUCCUGAAUGGCACGAGAAAUAUGGCCCUAUUGUCCGCAUAAAUCCUUCCGAACUCCAUAUCAGCGAUCCUGAGUUCUAUGACACAAUUUACACCACCGACAGACGCGACAAGAUUCCCCUUCAUUCGUCUCUACCCACGGUUCCGUCCUCGGGUCAAUCCACAAUAGAUCACUUCCUUCAUCGACGACGACGUGCGGCUCUCAAUCCUUUCUUUUCUAAGCCCAAUAUUCAGAAAUUCGUUCCUUUCAUACAAUCUCGAGUCGAUAUCUUGAUCAAUCGAUUCAAUAAUGAAUAUAAAGGCACCGGCAAAGUACUGAAUCUUGGAGAUGUGUUUUCCUGCUAUACGACAGAUGUGGUGAUGGAGUGUAGCUUUGGGAACAAUUAUGGAUUUUGUGAGAGAGAAGGGUUUACGUCAGACUUCAUGGUGGCCGUGGCCGGCUUAUUACACGUGAUGCACUGGACGGAGAAUUUUCCAUCUUUGGCAUGGAUUAUGAACUUGGUGAUUGCUUUGCCACAUGGGAUUCUGAAGAGAAUUGUUCCAGGGAAGUCGAAGCCCGUUUUGGAUUGGCUUGAGGAUCUUAGGGUUGAAUUGAGAGCGGUAAUGUAUGGAAUGAAGGAGAAGAAUGAUACUUCACGCUCGACGAUAUUCCACGAGAUCAUGAUGUCCGAUCUUCCUCUUGAAGAGAAAACUGAGAAAAGACUUCAUGAAGAAGCACAAGUGAUUGUUGGUGCCGGGGUAGAGACGACAAAGUGGACCUUGACUGUCGCCAUGUUCCAUCUCCUGGACAAACCAGAGCUUCUUGCUAAGCUACGAGCGGAAAUCCUUACAGUGUUUCCAGAUCUGCUCUCCCCUCCGUCGUUGUCAACACUCGAGAAAUUGCCGUAUUUGACCGCAGUUGGACAAGAAGCACUUCGUCUUUCCAUGGGAACAGUUUCAAACCUUCCACGUCUAGCACAUAAACCGCUCCCAUACACUGAUCCAACAACAGGACACACCUACAUAAUUCCAGCUCGUACUCCAUUAUCUUGUGCCACACACUUAAUUCACCACAACGAAUCAAUUUUCCCAUCUUGUCAUUCUUUUAUCCCAGAACGAUGGCUUUCAGAUCCAAUCACUGGGCUACCACCAAAAGUCAAAGUUGCCUCAGGAGAAGAAAAGUUGUUGUCGAAAUAUCUAGUCAGCUUCUCAAAGGGUAGCAGGCAAUGCUUAGGGAUGAAUCUAGCGUAUGCGGAGCUCUAUAUCGCACUUGCGAAUUUAGUAAGAAGAUGCGAAUUCGAAUUGUGGGAAACAAAACAGGAUGCUGUGGAAUUAUGGUCUGAAUAUGUUGUUAAUGUUCCCAAACCGGGUACUGGAGUCAGAGUAAAAGUUCUCUGA